AUGUCUAGUGAUUCAGAUUUGGAAGAAUUGUUACUUUUAUAUGCUCCAUCACGGUUACAGAAAAAAAGAGUAUGGGUGCACGACAUCAAUAAAAAUAGAAAAGAUUUAGGAGAAUAUCAUCGGUUGUGUCGCGAGCUUGCAUCACAUGAAGAUAGUUUUUUUACACACUUUCGUAUGUCUCAAGUAUUGUUCGAAGAACUACAUGAACUGCUCAUCCCUAAAAUAAGCAAAUGCACCACAAACUGGAGGAUGCCUAUUUCUACAAGAGAAAGACUUGUAAUCUGUCUAAUGUAA